UCCUAACGCGCUGCUGUCCCGAGUGCGCCCAUCGGAGCGCCGCCCGUGAUUCGUCCGAGCCUGGUGACGCAGGUCCGCGGCUCGGUAAGCGCGGCGUCGCGGGCGGCCGGCUGCCAGAAGGGAUGACGGAGAGAGCGGAGAACCGGGCAGCGCAGCGGCGGAGCAGCUAAGCUAAGGCUAGGCUAGGCUAAGCUAAGGCUAAGCUAGCCAACACCGACGGACCACUCUUCACGGAGCCGCUACAUGCUGUGAAUUUCACCGGCUUCACCACCGGCGCCGUCCGCUCUUUAUGUCCAGUAGAGACCGAGACGGAUGGUGAGGAUAGAGAAUGCGGAGAUCUCGACUUUUCUUUACACACACUGAAAGCUGCCCAUUUAUGGCGUUUGUGAGUGGAGACUUCUGCCAGGCACAGCACCUGGUCAUCGUGGACAAGUGAAAAGAUGAAUCGUCCUGCUCCUGUCGAAAUCACCUAUGAGUGCAUGAGGUUUCUCAUCACCCACAACCCCACCAAUUCACAGCUGGCCAAGUUUACUGAGGAGCUGAAAGCUUUUGGGGUGCAGACGCUGGUUAGGGUUUGUGAGGCCACCUACGACAAGGCGCCCGUGGAGAAGGAGGGCAUUGAGGUUUUGGAUUGGCCUUUUGAUGAUGGUUCUUCACCCCCUGACCAAAUUGUGGAUGACUGGCUGAACCUGCUGAAAUGUAAAUUUAAAGAGGAGCCAGGUUGUUGCAUUGCAGUACAUUGUGUUGCAGGAUUGGGACGGGCUCCUGUGUUGGUGGCCAUAGCCUUAAUUGAGUGUGGGAUGAUGUAUGAAGAUGCAGUUCAGUUUAUUCGACAAAAGAGACGUGGAGCCUUCAACUCCAAACAGCUGAUGUACCUUGAAAAGUACAAACCCAAGAUGCGCCUGCGCUUCAAAGAUGCCAAUGGCCAAAACUGCUGCGUCCAGUAGGACAGUUUAUCCAAAGGAUAAUUGAAAAAUAAUAGCAGUUAUUGUGGAAAAAGCAAAUUUUCUCUGUGCUAAUUGAUUUUUUUUGCUGUAUUACUGUGCCAAGCACACACACUGGAUAAUUCGUAUCCAUAUUACCAGCAUUUGGAUGUGUUUUUGAAUUAUGUAUAGCCAUAUAAUAACCAUGUGGGCAUACAUGAAAAACAUACAGCACAAACCAAGUUUGCCGUUUUCUUAUAACACUGAUUGAGUGAAUAAAUAAUUCAGUUUGGCCUGAAGCAACCAAAAAGUCCCGCACAGCGCAACUCCAAAUUCUGCAAACACACACAGGCAAUUUCUUUGAUGCUGUUUUUCCAAGUCUUUCCGACAGAGCCGCCCCAUUUUCAGUGUCGUUUACAAUGAAACAGUAACUUUAUCUUGUGUCUGGGAAAAAUGGAUGCUUGUGAAUGGAACCUUUUUCUUUCUGUACAGCCGGUCCGUCAUCAAGGUUACAUGAGCACAGAUCCCAAACAGCAGCAGCAGCUGCCUCUGUAGUGGUACGUACUCACCUGUGAUAGAGAUGGAACAUUCCAGUUCAGCAUUUAUCGAGCAGUCAGCGUAAUUCAGUUCAGUACUGUCCCAUUUGAAGACACCUCUGGAUGACUGAUAAGUGAUCAAGUUGAAAUAAAGAUGUACAUCAUUAA